ACAACCUUAUAAAUAUUCACUUAUGUGGUGGUUGAUGUAUAUUCUCAGUGGUAUUAGUUAUUCAUGUCUAAAACGUAAAAUGUUUACAUUUCAGGGAAACAGUUUCCUAGCGACACUUCUUUUUCGUGGUGUUCUGCGAUUUCUAGUUCACAUGGCCAAGUGGUUACCUCGCGCAGCCACGCGCCCUGUUUAUGGAUAGUGAAUUGCGUAUCUUGACUGUUGUAGCAUAAUAUUUAAAUGUAGUAUCGUAAACUGUGUUGUACUAGAAACAUAGAUCAUCUAUCUGAUUGUGAUCAAAGUCGAGGGAAGUGUUGUUUCAAAGGACUCUGGAUGUGAAAAGAAAGGAAAGAAGAAAGAGCUUGCUGUCACCUGCUAUACAACACAAUAGGAAAAUGGCGUGGUAUUGAUCUUCUAAAAUCCACACAAAGCUAAUUGUAUUGGAUCAAUUACGUAUUUAGAAAGUCGACACUAUUUUCUUUUCCUGAAUUCGAUCAAGAGACUGGCUUCAUGCGCAGGACACAACUCCGUAAGAGCCAGGCGCGGUCUCGCGACUAAGGAACCAGUUAGUGCUGAACACACAACCCCACACAACCCCAGCCAAUGGAACAUGGCGGAGGGUAGUGAAUCCAUAUCCGGACUGGACAUUAGCAAGGAAUGGCUGGAGGCCACAGACAGCAGGGCGGCGCUGCUCCGCUACCUCAAGGACCAGGUGCCACAGAUCUUCUGCCAGAAAAAUGAGUCUAACCCUCAGGAGGAGGAGGAGCUCAUGCAGAGUCGACUCCUCCAUCCGAUGGAGUGUUUCUUGUUUGGAGAAGAUCCUGGGGUGGGUCUGGAGAAGCUCAAGCAGAGCAACAGCUCCUCCCAGCUCUGUGGACGAGUCUUUAAAGAAGGAGAGACCGUCUACUCCUGCAGGGACUGUGCAAUAGAUCCCACUUGUGUUCUCUGCAUGGAUUGCUUCCAGGACAGUGUGCACAAAACUCAUCGAUACAAGAUGCAUGCAUCAUCGGGUGGGGGGUUCUGUGAUUGCGGCGAUGUGGAAGCCUGGAAGAUUGGCCCCUGGUGCUCCAAACACGACCCAGGAGCAGCUACUGCCAUGGUAACGGAUGAAUGUGUGUUGGAGCCAGAGUUGUGUGAACGUGCUGAGAAACUCUUCCGAGGUCUGCUGCAGUACCUGACAGACUUCCUGAUGUGGGAGGAGCACUUUGAGCUGACGUCUGAGCUCCAGCCUCGACAAAAAACCAACGCAUACUACUGUGUGCUGUACAACGACGAGCACCACUCGUACGGCCAUGUCAUCUACACCUUGCAGCGUUCAGUUAACUGUGAUCAAGCUGAAGCACAGUUGCACACAACACUUAUUGAUAAGGAGGGUCGACGGGCAGUAAAGAGAGGAACCCUCCGUGCCUGUCAGCAGGCAAAAGACUUCAUCCGGUCCCAUUCAGAACACAUUUCCCUGCAGCCACUGCGUGUAGAGAUCCUUCACGCGACAGUGAUGGCUCACCAGACCUUUGCCUUACGACUGGGCUCCUGGUUCCAAAAAAUCAUCGGUUAUUCUGCUGGAUUCAGACAGGUCUUCUGUCAGGUGGCCCUGCAGUCCGACACAGACAGGGACCAACCCUGUCUGAUCAGCAAACUCAUGCUGCAUGAUGCCAAGUUAUACAAAGGAGCUCGCAAACUAGUACAUGAACUGAUUUUUUGUAGCAUGCUAAUGGAGACGGACUUUAAGAGACAGUUUGCUAUUGAAUUCACCAAGCACUACAAGGAGUUGCAAAAGGACUUCAUCGUUGAUGACCACGAGAGGAGCAUUUCCAUCACUGCUCUGUCUGUGCAGAUCUUCACUGUUCCCACACUGGCCAGACAGCUGAUAGAAGAGUGCAAUGUGAUUAAAGUGGUGAUUGACACCAUCAUGGAGUUGCUGCAUGAACAUCUGGAUGACAACAAUCGGUUCUUUUUCCUGGGCUACAACUCCGACAAGUUCUCAAGAAUUCAGCUUAUCUUCCAUGACCUCAGAUAUAUUCUAAUCAGCAAACCAACAACGUGGACUGAGGAGUUGGGAAGGGAAUUCCUCGAGGGGUUCAAGGCCUUUUUGGGGCUCCUCAAAUGCAUGCAGGGCAUGGAGGAGGUGAAGCGUCAGUUUGGGCAACACAUUGCAGUGGAGCCUGAGUGGGAAGCUGGGUUUUCUCUGCAGAUCCAGCUGCGUCAUAUUAUUGCUAUGUUUCAAGACUGGUGUUCCUCUCAUGACGAAAUAUUGAUACAAGCUUUCAAAGAGUGCCACCAAGUCCUGAUGUGGUGCAAUAACCAGCCCUUCCACCGGGAGGCCACAGACUACUACAUGUGCAAACACAUUCUUAAUGUUCGUCCAUACACAGUUUCUCUGGAGCCCGUCAGCAUACAUCUACCCAUCUCUAGGUUGCUGGCUGGCUUGUACCUACAUCUGUGCAGAACAGGGGCCAUCGAACGUCUUGAAAACCCUGAAAGUUAUGACUUCACCCAGUUGAUGGAACAUCCUUUGCGCUGUUUGGUGCUGGCUACACAGGUCUCGGCUGAAAUGUGGAGAAGAAAUGGGCUUUCAUUGGUCAGCCAGGUUUACUACUACCAGGAUGUAAAAUGUAGGGAUGAAAUGUACGACAAGGACAUCGUUAUGCUUCAGAUUGCUGCUUCCAAAAUGGACCCGAACCACUUCCUCAUCCUGAUCCUGUUGAGAUUCGAACUCUUCGAUUAUUUCAAUGGAAGUUCUUCGAGCAAAGAUCAGGAUGAACUUUCACGUUGGAAUCGACUGACAGAGGAGAUGUUGUACCUACUGAUUGUCAUUGUUGGUGAGCGAUACGUUCCCGGAAUCAGCCUUCUGACCAGAGAGGAUGUGACAAUGAGGGAAGUCAUCCACCUGUUGUGCAUCGAGCCCAUGGCUCAUAGUAGUUUGGUCAAAGGCCUACCAGAAAAUGAAAACAAUGAGACAGGUCUUGAGUCAGUGAUUUCUAAAGUUGCUACUUUUAAAAAACCCGGAGUAUCAGGACACGGGCUGUAUGAAGUAAAAAAGGAGUGCUUGGAAGAGUUCAACCCAUUCUUCUACCAUUACACUAAAUCCCAGCAUAGCAAGGCAGAGGAGUCUCAGAAGAAGAGAAGAACUCACGAGGGCAACGAUAAAGCUCUCCGUCCUCCGGUGCCCCCUGCCUUCUGCGCAGCCUUCUCCAACAUCGUAAAUCUGUUGUGCUGUGACAUCAUCGUCCACAUCCUGAGACGUGUCUUACAGAGAGCUGCAGAAGACCGGGCGACGCACUGGACAGAGGCCAUGAUUCAGAGGGCUUUGCAUCUGGUUGGUCAGGCGUUGUUAGAAGAGAAAACCCAACUUGAAGAUGUCACUUUGGAGGAAGUGACCUUUGACUUCAGUCUUAAGGCUCGCAGAAUUGGUUCAGAACACGGCAAGUCGGUGUUUCUGUUGCUGUCCAAGAUCAAGACUCUUCCUUCUCUUGAAGCUCAGAAAGACAUGGUCAAAUGGCUUCUGCAGAUGUUUGAGAUUGUAAAGUGCCUUAGAGAAAAGUCCAGUCCAACAGCGUCCAUGAGUGUGGAGACCACUAAGCCUGAAGAGAAUGCUCAGGACAAAGAUAAAGCCGAGAGGAAAAGAAAGGCAGAGGCGGCCAAACUCCACCGUCAGAAGAUAAUGGCUCAGAUGUCAGCCAUGCAGAAAAACUUUAUUGAGUCAAAUAAGAUGCUGUACGACAACAUGCCUGACAGUGGAGUCCACGAGGAGCCUGUCACUGCUGCUGAGAGCUUCGAUAUGGAGCACAGAGAGCUGUGCAUUGCGCUUGGGCCCCAGCGAGGCUCGACCCCGCUUGAGAGAGAGGUGCUGACCUGCAUUCUUUGUCAGGAGGAGCAGGAAGUGCAGGCCCAGGGUCCAGCCAUGGUACUGACUGCAUGUGUCCAGAGGUCCACGGUGUUGACACAGUGUAGAGGGAAACAACUGAGCAACAAAACAGAAGGAACGUCUUAUCCACUGCUGAUGCCUCCUGAUUUGGCUGUGGGGACUCACACUGGCAGCUGUGGACAUGUCAUGCACGCCACCUGUUGGCAGAAAUAUUUUGAGGCCAUUCAGAACACGACCAGGAACAGGCUCCACACUGAACUCAUUAUCGACCUGGAGAACGGGGAGUACCUGUGUCCCCUAUGUAAAUCUCUGUGCAACACCGUUGUCCCUCUCAUCCCAUUAGAACCACUGGUGUUUAACUAUGAAAAUGCAGCAAUAAUUGGACAGCAUUUGAUGAUGCCUCGCUGGAUCCAGAUCAUCUCAGCCAGGAUUAAAGGGUUAAAGUUGGUCACUGAGGAUGAUGAUGGAAAUAUGGGUGAUGGAGACACAGGGCUGUGUGGUCAGGGUCAGCCGGACUUCAGAUCGAUUCUGAGUUAUGGAGUCCAAGAGCCGAGAAAACUCUCAGCCAGCAUCGCAGAGAUGCUGGUGGUUUGUGCCACAACAGUCCACAGGGUGGGGCUGCAGACGGCGCCCAAUGAGCUGUGUCCAUGCGUGCCUCUGAUGGCCUGGAACACAUGUGCCUUCACAAUUCAGGCCAUUGAAAACAUCUUACAGGACGAGGACAAAUCACUGUUUGGGUCAUUACAAAACAGACAGCUCGCAGGUCUGAAGGCCAUAGUUCAGUUUUCAGCAUCACAAAGGCUAAAGAGUUGUCAGUCUGUCAUCCAGAGGCACUUCUCAGACAUGUUCAUGGUCUUGAUGUCUGAUACGAGCAGAAAAAACACUCCAUCCAUUUUGGAGGUAGACUUUUUCCAUCUUCUGGUGGGGUUGGUGUUGUCCAUCCCGUCGUUGUAUCAGGAGGAGACUGUCGAUCUACAGCCGUCUGCUGUCAGUUCUGCCUACAACAACCUGUACAUCCUGCACCUGGUCACCAUGGCUCACGUGAUACAGGUUCUCCUGUCAUCUGCUGAUUCUACUCCAGCAAUGAGUGGAGAGGAGACGGAGGAGACGAGAGCCGCCGCAGAGCUCUACCGUACGCUUUCGCAACACACGAGGGGCCUGCUUCCUGAAGUGUCGGGCAGCUCUGUAGUAGAGAGAGUAAAGACAGGAAUUGAACCUUUUCUGCGCUGUGCUGCUCUCUUUUUCAAUUGCCUUACUGGAGUUAAUCCUCCAGAGGAACUUUCUAGUACGUCUGUUACCUCUCAAUGUCAGAUGGAGGCACUGUGCAGUUACCUGGCUCUACCUUCCAAUGUGUUCCAGCUCUUCCAUGAGCACAGAGACACUGUGGAUUCACUGCUGCAGAGAUGGUGUGAGAGCCCAGCUGUCCCCAAAGCCCUGAAAGUCAAAACCCCAGCAGUCAGAUAUCCGAGGAGAAGUAACUGUUUGAUCGAUCUUCCUGAGGACUACAGCGCUCUCCUCAAUCAAGCCAGCCAUUUUCAGUGUCCCAGGUCUACGGACGAUGAGAAGAAGCACCCGACCCUGUGUCUGUUCUGUGGAGCCAUGCUGUGCUCCCAGAACUCCUGCUGUUACAGUCAGCUGGAUGGAGAAGAAGUCGGAGCGUGCACUGCUCACGCUGCCACCUGUGGUGCUGGGGUGGGAAUUUUUCUCAGAAUAAGAAAGUGUGAAAUAAUCCUGAUGGCCAGUAAGACACGGGUGAGCACGUACCCAGCUCCUUACCUGGACGAUUAUGGGGAGACGGACCCUAACCUCGUAAGAGGCAAUCCUCUGCACCUCUGCCCAGAGCGCUACAGGAAGCUGAACCAGCUGUGGAGGCAGCACUGCAUCCUGGAAGAAAUCGCCCGCAGUCUGGAGGUGGCCAACGUGAUGUUUGCCUUCGAGUGGCAGAUGUUGUGAUGACUGCUGCAGCCGCCAUCAUCCUCUAGGGUACAUCACAGUUGUCCAUUAUCCAAUCUGCUUCAGUGGUCCUGAGGCACAUGCAUACACACAAACUCACACACAUGUGCUAUAUACACACACAUAUAUGUAUAAUAACACACACAAACAGUACUCCAUUGAUCUAUGGAGACUGAAGAAGCAGAUUUUUCCCUACUGAAAUCCCCGCAGGAGUCAAGAAGUCAGACAGGAGGAGGAGGACAGAGGACAACGUUAGUAAACACUUUUUAUUUCCUUAUCUGCUGAGAGAAUUUUUCUUUUUCAUUCACACUCACAUAAAGGACAAAAUGUCAAAUUAGACUUAAAUGUUUAUCUAUUACCAGUCUGUUCACAGCCGUAAAAGAAAAUGUCUGGAAACUUCUUUCAUUCAUUCACCUUCUUUGUGUUACCUUUUUAUUAUAGAUCUAUCAUAAAAAAAAUCCAGUCAUUUGCUGGCCCUGCAUGGUACAGCGUACUUCCGCUCAUAGUUGUUAACGGACACUCUUGGAUUUGCAUAUUUAGCGAUAUUCCAAUUAAAACUGAAAAAUAAAGCCCAUAAGAAUGAUAUGCAUAAACACACUGUACAACGCUGCUUUACAAAAUCAUUUUGUUGUACAGUGUAAAAGCGAUAUUAAGAUACUGUUUGGGACCACAGUCAUUAAAAAUUCAUUUCACUCUGUGUAUUUACUCACUUAAUGAGAAUGAAGUAAAUGAACUAUUGCAAUAUUCUAUUUAAAGAAUAAAAAUGUACAUUUAUAGAAAAACAGUCUGACACGACACAGUCUUUGUUGUUCUAUUCAUUUUUUUAUCCUUAAGAAUUGUGUGAAUACAUCUUUGUGUUAGCCAGUAUUACCAUUAUCUUCCAAGUUGUGUUCAUCAAAAAUAUUAGUGUACAGUAACAGUCAAACAGUUCCUGCACUUUGAGCCAAUCAGAGCGCAGUGUUAUGGCUGUUCCUGCCCUCUGUUAAAUCUUUAUAACACGCAGGUUUAACAGAUGCAAACAGAAUGGUGAAACGUUGCUUCUUUUUCUCCUUCACAUCAAUAAAUAAAUUAAAAAUUUCAAUUA